AAAAAGGAAAAAAAAAGAAAAAAAAAACGAAUCCGUUUACUUACCUCUCUUAACUCAACGCCAAAAAAUCAACGGUAGUCCCUUCGCCGGAGAAGAUGAAGCAACGAACAUGGCCAGGCCAAUCCGAAUCCUCUCGAUUCACCUCCCUAUCCUUCUCAAAACUCCAAAACAACAACAAGGAGAAACGAAGCAGAUUCUCAAUCAAACCAACGACCAAGCCUCCCUCCUCCUCCUCACCUCCUCACGCCGCCGCCGGAGACUUCUCGACGCUGCCCUACGACAUCCUGACCAAAAUCGCUGCUCCGUUGAGCCUCCCGAACCUCCAGGCGGCGUCGUCGGUGUGCAGAUCGUGGAGAGACGCGCUGCAGCCUCUGAGGGAGGCGAUGCUGUUUCUCCGGUGGGGGAAACGGUUCAAGCACGGGAAGGGAGGCGUUAAGGCGAAUUUGGAGAAGGCGCUUGAUUCGUUUCUGAAAGGAGCGGCGCGUGGCUCGACGCUUGCGAUGGUUGAUGCGGGGCUUUGUUAUUGGGAGAAGGGGGAGAAGGAGAAAGCUGUGGGGUUGUAUAAAAGAGCGGCGGAGCUUGGUGAUGCUGUUGGUCAAUGCAAUUUGGGGAUCUCUUAUCUUCAAGCGAAACCAUCGAAUCCUAAGGAAGCGAUGAGGUGGUUGAAACAAUCUGCGGAGAAUGGUUAUGUAAGAGCACAGUAUCAGAUAGCUCUUUGUUUACAUCAGGGACGUGUUGUGCAGAGCAAUCUGCUAGAAGCUACGAAGUGGUACAUCAGGGCAGCGGAAGGUGGGUAUGUAAGAGCCAUGUAUAACGUUUCGCUUUGUUACUCGGUUGGAGAAGGGUUGCCUCAAAACCGUAAGCUAGCAAGAAGGUGGAUGAAACGCGCGGCUGAUCACGGCCACAGUAAAGCUCAGUUUGAGCAUGGCCUUGCUUUAUUUUCUGAAGGAGCAUUGUUGAAAGCUGUAAUGUACUUAGAACUCGCUGAGCGUGGUGGCGAAACAGGUGCGGGUCAUGUCAAGGAAGUUAUACACCAACAGCUUUCUGCAACUUCUCGUGAUCAUGCCAAUAACUGGCGUGCGUUGCCAGCUACUCGCUGAGUCUCCGUCUUUUGAGUACAGAUACAGCGAGUCGUCAUUGUGAUUUUUUCUUUGUAAUAACAGUAUGGUGAUACAAAAUAACAUAUUUGAAAUUUGCGCCUCUUUUGUCCCCUCACUUAACACAGUCCAAUACUUCAGCAGCUAAUAUGAUUCAGCCUUUCGUAAAUCCAACAACAUCAACGACGAAGCUAAUGAACAAUUAAGGAACUCGUAGUAACGGUACAUAUGAAAAAC